CCCUUCUCAACAUGAAAUCCUGCGGCCCCCGGCCGACUUUCAACCCUUCACUCGCAGUCCCAGCAUGAGAAAUCACUCAGGUUCCCCCGAGAAAAAUCCGCCUGGAGUGGGAAUCGAACCCACAAUCUCCGGGAUGGAGGGCAAGAGCAUACUCCACUUAGCCACUGGAGACGACCGGUUUAUAUAUUACAAUUAAACCGGCACUUUGUAAGUCACGUGACUUCAAAACACUGAAUGGCGCCAAAAAUCAGCAGGAGCAGGUCUACUUUUCAGCAGCGGAUGCAUUUGGCUUUUUAGCAGGUUUUUUGAGAAAAUGUCGCGUGUCACUUUGGAGGAAAAGCGAGUUCGGAUGCUCGAAAUCUUCCACGAGUCCUUAGACGUGUUCGAGUUGAAGCAGCUUGAGACAAUCGCCCCCAAACAAAAAGGAAUCGUCGCCAGUUCUGUCAAGACUGUGCUGCAGGUUUUGGUGGACGACGGCCUGAUUGAGACAGACAAAGACGGCGGUCUGGUGUACUUCUGGUCCUUCCCGAGCAACGUCAUCAGCAAUUUGCAGAAGAGGGCCAACCAGAAAGAAAAGAGGCUGGCCGAGUUGAAAACCAAAGUUGAAUCUUUGAAGGAGAAAAAGCGUGCGUUGAGUCAAAGCGAAGAAGGCGCCGCAGCCCGACAGUCCAAGCUGGACACUCUGAAGGCGCUCCGAGGUAAAGUGGCCGAACUGGAGCCGGAGGUGCAAAAGCUGCAGGAAAACGACCCUGAGACCUGCGAAAUUUACAAGGCGGCCGCGAAUCGGUGGGCGGACAAUGUGUACGCAACCACGUCGUGGCUCAGGGACAAAUUUGGCCUUGAACAGGCUGCUGUCAAGAAGCAGUUUGGCAUUCCCGAGGAACUCGAGUACUUUGAGUGAACUGCAAACUGUUUGAUUUUUAAAUUGUAAAUAAAUCUAAUGAAAUUUGUACAGAAUAAAAAUUAAAUUGUAACAAGUUUGGUUCCAACAAGUAAAACAAUUAAAAAUUAUCGAAUUGGAUUAUUUUAAAUUUCAGUGAAAUAUUGUGUCUGAAUAAAAUAGGAGAAUAUGUCCAUUUUAUUA